UGCCCUAUGGCGGUCCCGGGGACGGCGGCCAGGGCUGGCGCCAGGCCCAGGUUAGAUCUGCAGUUUCUCCAGCGGUUCCUACAAAUACAGAAGGUUUUGUUUCCCUCCUGGUCAUCACAGAAUGCCUUGAUGUUCCUGACCCUGUUGUGCGUCACCCUACUGAAACAAUUGGUGAUCUACCAGGUCGGCUUGAUCCCCAGUCAGUACUAUGGGGUCCUGGGAAACAAAGACUUGAAUGGGUUUAAGAGCCUGACAUUCCUGGCUGUGGUGCUCAUCGUUCUCAACUCCAUGCUGAAGAGCUUUGACCAGUUCACCUGCAACCUGCUGUACGUGAGCUGGAGGAAGGACCUCACCGAGCACCUUCACCGCUUCUACUUCCGAGGCCGCGUGUACUACACCCUCAAUGUGCUGCGGGACGACAUCGAUAACCCGGACCAGCGCAUCAGCCAGGACGUGGAACGGUUCUGCCGGCAGCUCAGCAGCAUGGCCAGCAAGCUCAUCAUCUCCCCCUUCACCCUCAUCUACUACACCUACCAGUGCUUCCAAAGCACGGGCUGGCUCGGGCCUGUGAGCAUCUUCGGGUAUUUCAUCCUGGGAACCCUGGUGAACAAAAUGUUGAUGGGGCCCAUCGUGGCACAGCUGGUGCAGCAGGAGAAGCUGGAGGGGGAUUUUAGGUUCAAGCACAUGCAGAUCCGGGUGAAUGCUGAGCCUGCUGCUUUUUUCAGGGCUGGGCAUGUGGAGCACAUGAGGACAGACCGCAGGCUGCAGAGACUCCUUCAGACCCAGCGGGAGCUGAUGUCCAAGGAGCUCUGGCUGUACAUCGGCGUCAACACCUUCGACUAUCUGGGCAGCAUCCUGAGUUACGUUGUGAUUGCCAUCCCUAUUUUCAGUGGUGUCUACGGAGACCUGAGCCCCACAGAGCUCAGCACUCUGGUCAGCAAGAACGCCUUCGUGUGCAUUUACCUCAUCAGCUGCUUCAGUGGCCUCAUCGACCUCUCCAGCACGCUCUCUGAUGUGGCUGGUUACACACACAGGAUUGGGGAGCUUCAGGAGACCCUGCUGGACAUGUCCCUGAGGUCGCGGGCCGGCGAGAUCCCGGACGAGAGCGAGUGGGACACGGACAGGGCUCCAGAGUGGCCAGUUGCAGAGCCAGCGGACACAGCUUUUCUCCUUGAGCGGGUCUCCAUCUGCGCCCCGGCCUCUAACAAGCCCUUAAUUAAGGAUCUGAGCCUGAAGAUCUCCGAGGGGCAGAGCCUGCUCAUCACGGGCAACACGGGCACGGGCAAGACCUCCUUGCUCCGGGUUCUGGGCGGCCUCUGGGCAAGCACACGGGGCUCGGUGCAGAUGCUGACGGACUUCGGACCCCAUGGGGUGCUGUUCCUGCCACAAAAGCCAUUCUUCACUGAUGGGACCCUUCGGGAGCAGGUGAUCUACCCGCUGAAGGAAAUCUACCCAGACUCAGGUUCUACUGAUGAUGAGCGGAUCCUGAGGUUCUUGGGGUUGGCAGGCCUGUCCAGUCUGGUGACAAGGACAGAGGGUCUGGACCAGCAGGUCGAUUGGAACUGGUACGACGUUCUGUCCCCGGGAGAGAUGCAGAGGCUCUCCUUUGCCCGGCUCUUCUACCUACAGCCCAAGUAUGCAGUGCUUGAUGAAGCCACCAGUGCCCUGACCGAGGAGGUGGAGGGCGAGCUCUACCGCAUCGGCCAGCAGCUGGGCAUGACGUUCAUCAGUGUGGGGCAUCGACGUAGCCUCGAGAAGUUUCACUCCUUGGUCCUGAAACUCUGUGGAGAAGGAAGAUGGGAACUGACCAGAAUCAAGGCGGAGUGAAGCCAAGGAUGUGGCUGGCCAUGGGAAGAAGUGCCCAGCGCGGGGCCGAUGGGCAUUCUCCCAGAGAGACUGGGGGGCUUGCGGGGCAGGGGAGACCCCUGGCUCA